UUUAAAUAGUCUGCGCUCUCCCGCCUCGCUGCCAUAGGUGACUGCAUCAACCCAUUUCAUUUCGCUUCGGUGUCUUUCGUUUGUUCGCUCGUUCGUUCACUCUCGCUUUCGCUCUCGCCUUCUCUCUCUCCCAGGAGCAGCCCAUCUCUGCCUCGCUCGAACACACCCAGGCCGCUUGAUGCUCUAUACCGUCUCUCUGUCUCUCUGAGCCGCUUCUCAUCUUUUUUUCGGAUCUUCCGUCCGUCCGUCCCUGCCGGCUCCUUCCCGCCUUUGCCUUUGGUCUCGCUCCGACUGUCGACCCCCCCCAAGCCCCUCCGCUGUUCAAGCCCUCUGAAUUUCAUUCUCCGCCUUCCCCACACUUGUUCUCCUGCGCCAUGGUCCGCACCCUCGAUACCUCCAAUGUCGACGAUCUCCAUCGCUCCCUCUGGGGCUACUCUGCCUUCUCGGGAACCCCUGCCAAGCCUGCCUCCAUGUUCUCGUCGAUGCCAGAAGAUCCAAGCAUCUACGCCAACCCUGGCCAUGAUCUGAUUGACUAUUCGCUGGCCCAGUUCGGCCUCGGCGACCUCGAGCUGGUCGCCGACACCACCUCCCCCGCCCAGUCGCCCUCGGCACACGAUCCCACUCUCGCCGGCGGCUUCCAUGAGCUCCGGUCGCUGAUCUUUUCGUCGCCUCCGAUGGACGCUUCCUUCCCCGUCGCCGUCACCUCGGCUCCAAGCGCGAGCCUCCGGGCACCCACCUCGCUGGCCUCGGCGCUCCCGGCCUCCCUGGCGCCUUCGCUGCCAACGUCGCUACCUGCCUCGCUGGUCUCGGCGCUUCCAGCCACCAUCGCCGUCACCCUGCCUUCCGCGCUUCCUACCACCCUGCCAGCCUCGCUCUCGACGACCCUGCCCACGUCGCUGGCCGCGACGCUCCCCACGACCCUGCCUAUCGAUCUGGCCUUCCGCCCUGCAUCCCCAAUCCUGUCGGCGCCUGCUCUCCCCUAUUCCCCGCCGACAACUCCUUCUUCUGCCAUGCUCUCGACCCUGGCCGCUGCCGACAAGCCUAUUGUCGAUGCCACCGCUGCCUCAGGCGUCCUCGCGCCCUACGACGAGCAGAUCGGUUUCCACCGCCUGGUCUCGUUCGCCCGUCGUCGCCUCGGCAAGUGGGAGCAGGCGCGCCUGUUCUACGCUCUGGCCCAGUUCCGGCCCUCGUCCAUGGCCCGCCAGGCUCCGCUGUCGGUGCAGGAUCUGAUUCUUGCCGAGCAAUGCAUCCAGCGCACCCUCAAGGACUACGAGAACCUACUCUUCCUGACCGGCACUCCGACCGUCAUCUGGCGAACCGCCGGUGAGAUCGUCAUGGUCGGCGAGGAGUUCACCGAGCUGACGGGCUGGUCGGCCUCUGCCCUCAUCCUGGGAAUGACCCCGAACAAGGCCCCCGUCGCAUCGGUGCCGCCCUCGCAGCACAACAACAUGCUGAUCACCGAGAUCAUGGACGGCAAGUCGUGCAUCGACUACUGGGAAAUGUUCUCCAAGAACGCCCAGCUCGGCGCCUCGGCCGACUCGCCCGUCUCGGGUCGCUGCAUCCUGCUCCGUCCCGACGGCCAGCCCCUGCCAUGCGCGUACUGCGUCACCAUCAAGCGCGAUCUCUUUGAUCGUCCGGCGCUGAUGGUCGGCAACUUCCUCCCGAUGAUGUGCAAGCCUUGAAGGAUGAGAAAAGCCAUUCCUCGUCCUCGUCUCCUCGACAACUGGUUCUCCUGUCUGCUCCGCGGCCGGCCUCUGUUCCGCCCCGCACCACCCCUUCUCCCACCCUUUCUCGCCCUUUCUUGCGCCGCGACGCGCCUUUUGAUUCUUUUGUAUCUAUAUUUGCUCGGGGAUCUCUCCCAGACGGGGGUCUCCCUUCUCCUUUCCCGCCGCCGGUGCCUGUGGCCCGCUGGCUCCCUCUGUUCUCUGCGCAAGCCGCCCGUCGUUGCUUUGCCCCUCCAAUGCAUGUAAAUACUUGGCUUCACAUAAUACGAAUAGAACUGUUAUGAGCAC